CCUAAAGCAUAUCGUGUUCGCGUGGCUUGUUGUAAUACCACAAAACGAAGAUAGAUCAGAUAUAGACUUGUUUUGCUGCUAACCUUUAUAUAAAGGGUGCUCUUUUUGGUAAUCUAUAGAGGGUUAAUGUCUCUCGACAGAUAAGCGAGUUCAAAACCUACAUAAUGAUCAGCUCAAAAGACACUCUAACGAUCCGCCAUUUGCUUUGUUAUGUAUUUAUCUUUGGAAGCUUCUUCCUCGUCUUUACAAGUGGAUUUACGUGGAUUCAAACUCCUGGCGCAAAAACAUAUGCAGAAAUUGGAAAGAGUGUGACCUUACGAUGGAAUUAUAAGCUUAAUAUCUCACAGAAUGAAACUCAUCAUCUGAGUGAUGUGGGAUUUGUAAAGAAAGGAAACACGCAAACUUCACUUGCUUUGAAAGUAAAAGAAGAUGAAUUUGAAUAUGGCCCAAAUGAUCUUUCGGGGAAGUAUGAAGUACAUGGUAAACAGAAUAUUUCAUUGAUUCUUAAAGAUGUUCAAGAAAGUUUCGAUCGUACUUUUUGCUUAAAAACAAAAUACAAGCUCAAUGGAUUACUUCAAGCUGAAAAAUCAAAAUGUACCAAAUUAUGUUCAUUUGCCUAUCCAUUGGUUGAUUUCUCCCCUAAGGCCACGUUAGUGAAUGUGACAGAUCUUGUGAACUUGUACUGCAACGCUACAGGCAAACCUCAGCCCAAUAUCAUAUGGAAGAAAGCUGAUGAUCCAUCAGAAGUACUUGCACCAUCCAGUAGUUGGUUCAACCUUUCUGUUACGGGUCCUUCAGUCCAAGGUCUAUACAUGUGUAUCGCUAAUAACAGCUUUGGAACGAACAACAAGACAUUCUUUGUGGAAGUGCAGUUUAAGCCCAAAAUUCAGUAUAUUUCAAUGGAUCAAAUACAUCCAGAGGGAGCCAGAGUUUCACUUUAUUGUAAUGCGUCUGGUAAUCCGAUUCCAAAUAUUGCAUGGGAGGCCACGGGUAAUACGAUGACUAGUGGACAAGGAAAUGCAACAUUGAAGCUUGCCAACAUAAGCAAGGCAGAUACUGGAGAAUAUAAUUGCACUGCAAAGAACAUCUUGGGAAUGACUUCUAAAAAGACUAGACUGACAGUUCAAUAUCGACCCGUCGAAACUACAUUAACUGCGGAUCCUGGAACUGAUGUUAUUCUCGGUAGAAAAUUAGUCCUUAAUUGCACUUCGUCAGCCUUGCCAAAAGCCAAUCAGUUUCAUUUUUAUCGCAACGGUUCUUUUCUCAAAAAUGUGACAGACGGACUUCUCAGUGUAGAUAAUAUCACGUCGACAAAAAGUGGAGAAUACAAGUGUAUACCGUCAAAUACGUUAGGGGAUGGAGAUCCAGCUACGGUCAUGAUCAAUGUAUUAGAACCACCAGUACUUUCAGAAUCACUGAAAAAUCGCACCAUAAAUGAAUCUGAAACAUUGGAGCUACGAUGCAAAGCUAAAGGGAACCCAUUACCAGUUGUAACUUGGACAAAAAAUUCGAAAUUUUUAAGUCACAACGACACUUAUAAAAAGGAAAACACAAGCAGAAACGAUGCUGGGGUAUAUCGAUGCACUGCAAACAAUAGUAUUGGUGAACCAGUGUAUUCUGAAGCCACGGUCAUUGUUAAUUAUGCUCCAGAGGUCACCAUAAACAAAUCCAAACAAACUGUAAAUGAAACCCAUUCUGCUUCAUUGGACUGCCAAGCUUCAGGCAAGCCAGCUCCUCGAGUUCAGUGGUUUAAAGAAAAUGUCUCCAUUGGCAAUGAAUCUGUAACGCUAUUAACAAAUGUGACCUGGAAGGACGCAGGGAAGUACGUCUGUAAAGCUUACAAUCUUCUAGGGAUAAAAUCUGCAACUACCGAACUUAUCGUCCAAUACAGUCCUAUCAACACGAAACUUACCACACAUACUGGGGAAUUCAAAGUUGCAGUUAACGACACGCUCAUACUUAACUGCAGCGCACAAGCUUUCCCACCAGCAAAUCAGUUCACGUUCUCUUCUAAUAAGACGACGCUUCAAAGUUCUCCAAAGAGCACAUUUAUUAUUAAGAAACCGAUGUUAUUUCCUGACGAAGAGUAUACCUGCAUACCAGAAAACAUUAUGGGAAGUGGGCCACCAUCUAGUAUCAACAUAAGUUAUCUUGAACAACCGUCCUUUCGUCAACAACCUGAAACAAAUAUUACCGUGAAUGAAGCUGAAACGAUAAAAUUGGUAUGCCUUGUGCGCGGGAAACCUAAGCCAAACGUUACUUGGACAAGAGAUGGUGUAUACAAUGUUAUUGGAACUGGCGAGGAGUUUAUUAAGAAUAAUACAAAUAGCAGCGAUGCUGGGCAAUACAAUUGUACAGCGAGUAAUGGAGUUGGACGAAUCCUUAGCGCUUCAUUUUCAGUAGAAGUUAAUUAUAAACCUAUCAAUACAAGGCUCUCUAUCACUGGACGCCGUGGUAUUACGAUAAACGAAUCCCUCACCUUGAACUGCAGUGCACAAUCUAAUCCACCGCCACACAUUUUCAGUUUCCAGGUCAAUGGAUCAAAAGCAAAUCAUACUCCAUCAGAAAGCACAUUCGUCAUUAAGAAGGAUCGGGCGUUUUAUGACGAGAGCUACACUUGCAUUGCUACGAAUUUGCUUGGUGGUGGCGAAAAGUCAGACUCUCUUAUAAUAACUAUGCUUGAACCUCCUACCAUUUGUACUGGGCCCAAAAAUGUUACAGUCAACGAAACUGAAGCGAUAACAUUGAAGUGCCAAGCACGUGGUAAGCCACCGCCAAAGAUAACCUGGACUAAGGGGAGCUCAACGGAUAUUUUAUCAACAAAUGACACGUACAGCAAGGCUAGGGCAGAAACAUGUGAUGCUGGGGUAUAUCGAUGUACUGCAAGCAAUGGUGUGAAGACACCAGUAUCAGCUCAAUUUUCAGUGACAAUUAAAUCAUUCCCCUUGGCUCCAGAAAUCCUAAAUAUUGCCAAAUCAAUACCUAGUGUUGAAGUCCAUUGGGAACAACCAGUUACAAACUGCAGUCUUCCUAUCACAGGAUACAUUGCACGAGUAAAGAAAAAAGAGAGCCAGGACGAAUGGACGGAAUGCGAGGCAUUGCAUGUUAGAAACUACACAUGGACUUGUUCUUUUAGAGAUCUUCAGAGCAGCACAACGUACACCUUACAGAUAAUUGCAAAGAAUCGAUUUGGUAGAGGAAAUCCAGCUGAAGAGGACUUUGAGACAAAAGACGGGGGAAGUGCUUCUGGGUCUAGUGAUGCAAGAACAGGGGGGCUGUCAAAGAAAAGCUACAUCAUCAUUGGAGCGAGUGUUGGAGGGUUCUUUCUGCUCGUAAUUAUCAUAUUGGUGGGCAAGAGACUCAAGACAAAGCACGGAGAAAGUAGUCUUCAAACGCCAAUAGAGCUGAGAGAACCAGAUGAGGUUCCAAUUGAUUUUACCAUCAAAAACGAAAUACAAUAUGGCCAUGACGGACCAAUGUCAGCAAGCCAGGAGACUUUAGAAAUCCAGGAAAAAGAAGAUGGAAAACCAGAGGAAGAUAGGCAAGAUCAAAACGUCAAAGCGGAAGUACAAAAUGGGCCUGACAAACAAAUGACAGCAAGCAAGGAGAAUUUAAUAGUCCAGGAGACAGAGAAAAAAGAAGAUGGAAAACCAGAGGAAGGUCGAGAAGAUCAAAACGUUAAAUCGGAAAUACGAAAUGGGCCUGACAAACAAAUGACAGCAAGCAAAGAGGAUUUAAAAGUCCAGGAGACAGAGGCAAAAGAAGAUGGAAAACCAGAGGAAGGUCGACAAGAUCAAAACGUUAAAUCGGAAAUACGAAAUGACCCUGACGGACAAAUGACUGCAAGCAAAGAGGAUUUAAAAGUCCAGGAGACAGAGAAAAAUGAAGAUAAUGAUAGUGGCGAAGAUAACCUCGCAAUGUAGAAUUUCUCAUAUCGAACAAGCAGGAAAUGUGCUGGCUAGAAAAGGUUUAGUAGACUUAUAAUUGCAUGUUAGUAGCAGUUUCCUGGUUCGAGAAAAAAAGCAACUGUCGAUUUAGCAUUGCGGUGCAUUGUGGACUUACUUUUUUUUAGUCUUUUUUCGACAUCGGAAUAGCUAAUAUGAAUAUUGAACAACUUUUACAAAAAACUAAACUCCAAUCGUAUAUUUUUUCCAAUCAAGUUCUACCCCAAAACCCUUUCAAUAUUAAUAACCAAUGUUCAAUAGUAUAUUAAAGACGCCUUAUACGAAAUAAUAGCAAAACCAUAUAAUCACGUUCUUGCUUUACAAUAUGUAGGAAUGUAUAUAUCAAAUGCGACACCAAAUAUACACUGCGUGUCACACCAACCGCAGUAAAAGUAAUAUAAACGUACAGUGGUGAAAGUAACGGUUGUAUAAUCACUCAUAAUGAGAUAUAAAACAAGAGAGGAACAGGCAUGCUAAAAUAGGUUAGAUCGGAUGCAUUCCACAAGAAUAGUCUUUUAGUCCAGGAAAACUGGAUUAGGUUAGACCAGAUACGAUUGUUCCUGUCUCCUGUCAUAGCUCCCAUCAUGUGAUAGUAUGCAUGUUAAAUAAGUAUUAUUGCAUAUGGCAUUUUUGUAGGCUUUUGUAAAGCGUUUAAAUUAAAUUCAGUUCAAUGUA